CCCAAAAGAACUGUCCGCUCUGCUGCUGCAGUGAGUCGCACACUCUACACACGCACGAGAACAAACCUCACUCUCUCUCUGCUUCUCCGCGAGCAACGCACCCACCUGACCCAACCUGCCGCCUGCAAAUCUCAGAGACCCCGGCUCAGAGUGUGCAUUGGAAACAGAAGAUUAUCAGACAGCUCAGGGGAAAGAAGAUACUCAUAUUAUUAAUAAUAUUCAUAAUAAUAAUAAUAUCAAUACAUAAACUUUCCAACAUCAAAGGAUAUUAUUAAUAAUAAUACUAUUAUUAUUAUUAUUAUUAUUAUUAUUAUUAUUAUUAUUAUUAUUAUUAUUAUUAUUAUUAUUAUUAUUAUUAUUAUACAUGAAUACUGUUUGAAGAGGUGACUUGAGCAAAAAUGGGAUUCGUGGUCUAUCUGUUUGUUUUGCUUCUCGGAGCGGUGGGGGUGCUGACUGCCCAGGAGCCCUGUGAUUCUCAGCAGUACACUGCCAGCGGGCAGUGCUGUGAGGUGUGCCAGCCUGGGGAGGGCAUGGUGACGAAGUGCGGGGUGAAGCAGACCGUGUGCGCCCCCUGCAUAGACAGUGAGACCUUCUCAGAGAACUACAGCCCCACAGAGACCUGCCGGCCUUGCACUCAGUGUAAAGGCCUCCUGCGCAUGAAAGCACCGUGCACUGAAAGUGCCGACGCAAUCUGUGUGUGUGACUACAACUACUACAUGGACAAAGUGACCGGGGACUGCCAGGCCUGUACACUGUGCCCAUUCGGACAUGGGGUCUGGACGGAGUGCACUGAGGACAUGGACACUGUGUGUGAGCCCUGCCCAGAGGGGACCUAUUCCGACCAGGAGAGCAGCAUGGACCCCUGCCUGCCCUGCACCAUCUGUGAGGAUGAGGAGUACGAGGCGGAGAGCUGCACACUGACCUCCGAUUCCCUCUGCAAAGAACUGAACCCCAGGUUUUACACCCCCACCCCCAUAAUGGACAUGACAGACAGCACCUUGGGAGGAGGGAUCCCCAAAAUCACUCCCCCUAUGGACACUGUGACCACCACAAACCCCAGCUCCAACCGCAUGGGCGGUGUCGGAAUGGACCAGAAACUCAUCCCCAUCUACUGCUCCAUCCUAGCAGCCGUGGUGCUGGGACUCGUGGCCUUCAUCGUGUUUAAGAAGUGGAACAGCUGCAAGCAGAACAAACAGGGAGCCAAUAACAGGACAGUGAACCAGACCCCAUCUCCGGAGGGAGAGAAACUGCAUAGCGACAGCGGAAUCUCUGUGGACAGCCAGAGUCUGCAGGAACAGCAACAGCUGCAGCAGCAGCAGACCCUGUCACAGCCAUCAGUGGUGAAGGUAGAUGGCAACCUCUUUACCAUCCUGCCCCCUCACAAGCAAGAAGAAGUGGAGACCCUGCUUGCAGAGAAGAGCGUUGAAGAGGAUAUGGACUGGUGCAGCCUGGCUGGGCUACUGGGCUAUCAGGAAGAGCACAUAGACACCUUCCGUCAAGAGGAGCACCCGGUGAAGGCUCUGCUGUCUGACUGGGGCUCCAAGGACUGUGCCACCCUGGAUGCCCUGUGCACCGCCCUGCGCAAGAUAAAGAGAGACGACAUCGCUGAGAGACUGAGUCCCGAGCCCACAGCGACCUCUGCAGUCUGAGGCUGGGACUGCGCUCCCCAGGAGGCACGGAAGAAGGAAGACAAGAAAGGGAGUGGGUGCUGUCUGAAGAAUUUCAGAAUUUCAGUUCAGACUUUUCCCCCCUGUAGUGGGGGAUCUAAAUAAAAAAAAAAGGAUUGAUGCGUUAAAAGAAGAACUUGUGAAGGAUUUACAGAGUGAAUGUAGCCGGCCAACGCCCACUAAAACUUUCAGACUUUACUCAUAUGCACUGAGGCAUCUAUUUUCAGUAUUGUCCCACCUCCCCUCCCACAUUUCUAGCCCCUCCUUCCUACGCGCACCCGUUAUCAUUACAUUAUGUAUGGACUGACUGCGCAAUGCAAACACAGUCAAAAGAAGAUGUACAUACCAAACACUUACACCGUGACUGCAUCCAACAUUGAGUUGUAAGAACUUGCAACGGCAAAAGCAUACCCUCGAUUGACUGUGUGUCGACACUGGGGACAUUGUAAUCCCCCUAUUACGUGCAAGAUUCCUGCAAAAUUAUCAAAAUCUGUGUAAACUGCAUAGCUAUUCUCUCUUCCUCAAUCCGGCUCCACACUUCGAAACCGAAGAUUGGUUUAGGACUGGGUGGGGCUGGGUUUGAUCAGCCUUGCUACCGUAGUAGGUAUUUGAAAGGACUCGACACAGGAAACCAGGAGCAGUGGUCUUACAACAAACUUUAAUACGAUGCGCAAAAGAAGCCAGGAAAUGCGUUCAAAACACAAGUCUGACUUAAUGAUACAGCCGUUCAGCACACAAUUAUACAGUCACUUACGUCACAUAAACGGUUUCAGGAAGUUUCCAUAUAAGAGGUUGUUUUUCCUAGACUUAUUUCCCAUUCUGAACAACUUAGCACUAUAUGCAAGUAAGCACAUAUACAUGUGGUUUAGCCUUGCUCCCUACCUAGUUUCUGUUGUCUAACCUUUUGCUGCCAGAGCAUGCCAUAAUAUUGCAGAAGUAGAAACACAUCUUGCUGACACAUUUAAUUGGAACUGCACCCUGAGUCCUAAGCCGAAGCAAUAUUCUAUAUAUGGAAUAAAAUGAAAACUUAUAAGCAACUACUUAAUUAAUAAAAACACAUAUAUUUAUACACAAACAUCAUGGGCCUCCCACCUUCUUGUUCAAUAUCCAGUCGUUGAGGUGAUCACCCUGUUAGCUCACACCUUACCCGCAAAUACAAACUUAUCUCCAUCUCUCUUUGUAUCUAAACUAGACACAUGUUACUUUUGGCUGUCUGCCCAGACAUCUUCUUGUGACUCCUGAGUUUGUGACAGGAUGAGGUGUCUGGUUUACUUCUGUAAAGAAAGCCACAAAGUGUUCUUUCUGAAAUUUGCUUCAGCUUAGCAUAAAAAUAUAAAACUUCAAAUAUAAACUUUAUAGUUAUUUUGAUACAAAAUUACUGUGGCUAAGCAGAUUACAAAUGCAAAUGCUCCCUGCUGAUUAAGCAUUAAAUGUUAGAUACACAAAUAUUCAGAAAAUAUAAAUUCCACCUCUACAGAUGAAGCCUAAUUUUCUGCCCAAUACUGGAAGUUGAUUUAAAAGCUUCCUCUGUGUUACAAGUAAUAGGACCCCACCCCUUGACCCCAUGAUUUUCCAAGUCCUAUUAAAUGUAGCACAGGCAGUGAAAUAGCUGUGCAAUUGCUGGAGUAAAAUACAGUGAAAAUAAAGUGAAAAAAAGAUACACAGCAAAAUAAUGUUUUCAUGCUUGAGGUAAGAAAGGUAUUGUUUAAUACAUCUUUUUGUUUUCAUAAGAUAGUGGGUACUGGAGCUAAUGCAUGUUAGUUAGACUCACCCAUGACAAUCUGCAAGAAUAUCAAAGAAACAAGUUGCCAAAUUGGCACAUGCUUGAGUGAAAUAAGUUGCUAACUUAGACAAUCCUCUUAUUAAAGGGACGCUGCUGUAGAUAGAUUUGAGAGGACCGAGCUGUUAGUUUGAAUGAAACAGUGGGGCUUGCAGCCAACUCCUCCCUCUCCCUCCUAACCGGCUGUGAUGAUUAAUAAUACAUGAGAGGGGUGGGGCUAAUAACUUUCGUGGCCUCCUAUGAACUGCGUGUUGUUGCAAACUUCCCACUAGUGACCAUGUAUUUACUAAAUUGUGACUGAAUUUCAAUAAUAAUUUAUUUAUAAUUUUUUUUUUUUUAAUUUAAUAAUCUCCAAUUAUUUUAUUAUUUUCUCCCAAUUUGGCAUAUGACGGUAUGGCAUACCGGCAAAAGAAAAAAAUAUCUAGCGGGGGAAAAAAUUAUAUAAAUGUUAUACUGCUGCAAAACACCCUACCCGGACCUUUUUUUAGUUUUUUUUUUUUUUUUUUUUUUUUUUUUAAUUUAGAAGUUGCCAUUUAUUAUUUUUUUGUGUGUGUUUUCUCCCCAAUUUAAUAGUGCCCAAUUAUUUUUGUUUAGCUCAGCUCACCGCUACCACCCCCGCGCUGACUCGGGAGCGGCUAAGACGAGCACAUGCUGUCCUCCGAAGCGUGUGCCGUCAGCCGACCGCUUUUUUUCACACCGCAGACUCACAGUGCAGCCACCUCACACCGCAGACUCACAGUGCAGCCACCUCAUAGCUACAGCGUCGGAGGGCAACGCAGCUCUGGGCAGCUUACAGGCAAGCCCGCAGGCACCGGGCCAGACUACAAGGGUCGCUGGUGUGCUGUGAGCCAAGGACACCAUGGCUGACCAACUAAAUAAAGGCACAAAAAAAAAAAAAAAAACCUAUAUAUACUAUAAAUAAGAAACACUUGAAAUGGCUAAUUUACUUGAAUUUAUACUUUGACAUUAUAAAUAUUAUUUGAAGAAAUUAACAUUACUAAGAAGUACUCAAAUCAUUGUUUACAUUUUCUGAAGUAUAAACAAUAGAAACGCUAAGUAAUUUAUUUUGCUUAUAUCCAAAAAUUACUCACAUUUACUUUGUUUCCUUUAUUUCUAGAAAUGAAAUAUGUGCACGACUUGUGUUCAUUUUAAGCGUUCCUUUUGUUUUCUUUGAGCAGAUAGGGAUUGUGUUUGCAACAAUACGUGGUACACAACAGACAGUACCAGUAAGUUAUAAAAGAGGAAUGAUGUUCAACAUUAGGGAUGGAAAUAAGCUUGAUCCAUUCCUGUUUUUACCAUGAGUUUAAUAAGACAUACCUUUCUCAUACACUGUGGCUAAUCAAGCUCGUAGUAAAACCUGGAAUGGGUGAAACUGCUAUGCAAUAGGAGUGAUAUUUCCAUUCCUGAACACUGAUAAAAUGUAGAAGCUUAAAUAUAUUACACGGUUUUGACAUCGAGAGUCAUAUCACACCUGUUAUAAAAGAUUCCCACAGUGUAAUAAAGUACAGUGAAAGUAUGGUAAAGCAUAGGUAAGCAUUGUAAAGAAUAGCAAGGUGUGGUAAAGCAUAUUAUAUUAAUAAACUACUGUAAAAAUGCUUAGAUAGCCAUGGGAAAAGCAUUGCAAAAUUGAAAAAAUACCAUGGUAAUAUAAGUGAUGGUUUUGAGGUCAAAGUCAUAUUAUACAGUUUGUCUAGAUAUACUGUAACAAUGUAAAGUGUAUGAUGUAUAAAAACAAAAAAUGGGCUGACAAAUUCCAAACCAAUGCAUUGUAUCUCUGGCAUUGCUCUUGUAGGUUAUGAUCCCAGAACCCCUCAAUGCAAUGUAUUUGUUAUAUAACAAUGUCGACCCUGGGGACUUUUAUGACCUGAAAAAAGAAACAAGGACCAGGGGUCACAAAUGGAGAUUAGAUAAAGGGGCAUUCAGAACAGAAAAUAGGAGGCAGUUUUUUACACAGAGAAUUGUGAGGGUAUGGAGCCAACUCCCCAGUAAUGUUGUUGAAGCUGACACCCUGAGAUCCUUCAAGAAGCUGCUUGAUGAGAUUCUGGGAUCAAUAAGCUACUAACAACCAAAUGAAGAAGAUGGGCUGAAUGGCCUCCUCUCGUUUGUAAACUUUCUUAUGUUCAUAUAUAUAUAUAUAUAUAUAUAUAUAUAUAUAUAUAUAUAUAUAUAUAU